GUUGCAAGAAGAAGGGGAAAAAAACAGUAGUCCAACAGGAAAACGAAUGAGUCGAGCUACUGAUGAAGGCAUGCAAAUGCAAUUUAGUGACGGAAACUGACGUCUGAAAGCUUCGCGUGCUGAUGGAGGCUCGUGCGAGGGCAAUGUGUUUAAUUUUACUUCGAGAUAGGUGGAAUCACCUAAGCGGUGUGUGAAAGAGGGGGGAGAGAGAGAGCGAGAGGCGAGGGAACAAGAGGGGAGGGGGCGGGGGUGUAUGGACCUCGCUGGUUACGGGACCCACAGGCACCCCGAUUGUGCUCCGCUCUCAUCAUUUUUUGGAGGUGAGGACAAAAGAAAAAAGGGGGGAUCGGAAGAAAGGCCCGGGAUCUAAGUGUCGUGACGGGGCCCCCGACUUCGCCGCCGCUGGUCGGGGUUGUCUGGACUCAAAAGCGCUGAGGGAAAAGCGGCGGAGGAGUCGACUCUAGACUGGGGUUUCCUGCCACAGCAGCGGGAUUGUCACAAAACAGCCUUUCACCCUUCGAGGGCCUUGUAUUGCUACGUUUUCAGGUUUUUUUCUGGUCAGCAGUUCAUGGGAAAUGAACACAUCUGCAUGGAAAUACAGAAGAGAAACAGAAAACAGGAGCAUGAAUUGACUCAACCUGAAGUGGAAUAAAUGGAUUACCCUCCUUUUGGAAAACUGUUGCCAUGGAACUAGGUAGAAUUAAAUGAUGGUUGACAGAAAAAAACAAAGGUAAGAUGGCUAAGUGCUGAAGACAGAGGAAAGCAUCAAGAUGCGCGGAGGCAAGGAGAGAACGGUCACUAUAUAGGGAUCAAAUACUUCUACAGUCCAGAUGAUUGCAUGCAGUUGCAAAAAACUAAAAAAGGAAACCGGCAUCCAAAAAGGAGAGACCGAGAAAACGAACGCCUGAAAAAGCUUGGACUCUGUAUCCAAGAGCCGAUGAGAAUAUCCAUGGAGCGUUCGCCUCUGGGAUGAUGUUGAGUGAGGGUCUUGAUUCAGACCACUUGAUUCCAUUACUGGAGUUUUUGUCUCACACAGGUGUGAGUCAAGUCCCAGCAGUCUUACACGCUUUGACGAACUGAAGGAUUGCCGCGACGGAACACAAUCUCGAUGGUUUUAAUGAAAUAUUUUUUUGUUUUUUUGUUUUUUUCCAUUUUGCAAGACCCUGUUGGAUCGUAACACAGUUUAAUCCCAGAAAUAACUCUGCCUGCUUGAGCUGUUAUUAGUGUGGAGUUCAUAUGCGUAAAGACAUUUAAGGUUUAAAAACUCACAUGGUGAUGUGGCAAUCAUCCAUAUCUUUUGCUUGUUCGGUGCCAAACUGCUUCAGCUUCAUGGGAAUGACUGCUCAUUUUUAAUCUUGUUAUUUUUUUGAAGUAGAAAGCUGCUUCACGACGUAGAUCUUAAAGAAGAAUCUGUUUUCUAAGACCCAGCUGUUAAGUGAACAUUUUUCCCCACUGGAAAGUACACUUUCACAUUUAAAAAGUACAGUUUUUGCAGUUUGACCUUUUUCCAAAACUGGAGAUAUCAUCCUAAGUUUAACCUCCCUAUCCACUGCUGGCACUACAAAAGUGAUUAUUACAGCUACAAUAUAUACAUAUAUGUAUGUGUGUAUAUAUUGCUUUGCUCUUUGGUGGAUUUCAAAAGCAUUUUCUUCUUUUCCUGACAGGCCAUAGACUCUCUCUUUGUCAUUUAUUCUUACUAUCAUAAGCCUUCCAGUUUCUGAUCGGAAUCAUUCCCUGAUAUAAACACUAACAGAUAUUUUAGUUUUCUGAACAAUGCAGAAUUUUCCUAACAGUCCAGUUCCCCCCUCUCUCCCCCCUGGGUUCAGUGGGAGGGGUGGAGGCGUACCUCCCUAUCCACCGCAGCCAGCAGAGCCCCAGAUAUCCCCGAGGAUGACAGAUGAUUAUGCAGGGAUGCAACAGCAGAGCCUGCACAGAGGCCAUCACCACCCAAGUCAAGCCAGCCACAUGCUUGUUUACAGUGCUAGAAACAGAGGAGCUGUGGAGCCAACACCAACACAGGGUAACAUUCACAGUGGCAGCAGUAAUAACCCUUACAGGAAAGAGACCAUGGAUUACUAUUUUCCAGUGGGUGGAAAGGACAGGCACAGAAGGGGAGGUAUGGGCUAUGGGGCAGGUUUUGGGUACCCCAAUAUUGAUGGACAUAUACCUCACCAGUACCGGCAUCCCGGAUCUAGCUCUGCACCGUCAUCUGGCCUGAUGUCGCCAUAUCCAGUAGACUAUGCCUCUAGUGCUGGUUCAGGUGGAGGUACUGGAGCAUUCUCUCCCUCUCAUCAGUAUAAUAUGAGUCAGAACCCUGCAAUGCAGCCAGUGCCAGGUUCUCAGAUGCAGCACCGCCAGCAUGGGCAAACCUUCCCAACUAUCCAUCAUGGACAGCAGCAUAGGAGCUAUCCACACUCUGGACAUAGAAUGACCCAUCAGUAUCCGCACUACUCUCCCCAGGGUGGCGCAUCCACGGGGUCAUCAGGAAUGUACAGCCCCCCUCCACAGAGAUAUCUCGACGGGGCUGCCAGCACUGGGUUCGAUCCCAAAGUCAACAGUUCUCCCAGUGUCAACUCCAGUUCAAACUCAGUCUCCAGUUCAGUUGCUGCUAACAAUGUGGGGGCAAUGGAGAAUGUUCAACAAAGUUACCAUGCUUCAAAUUAUCCUGGAUAUUCCCCACAGACACAUUCACUCCACAAGCAAGCCACACUACAGCACCGCAACUCGCAGCACAAUUUAGGGAUAGGUUAUGACACACCUCUCAAGAUGCAGGGCCAGUCUCCAGGCUCUGUAUAUGCUAAACAUCAUCAGGCCUCCAAUCCCAGUAUACCUCAGCCAGCAUCCCAAGAAAUAACCAAAUCUCCAAUGCAUCCUAAUGCGCAACAAACUCAAAUUAACCAAAACUUUAGCCCAAUUUCCAAUCCCUCUCCAGCUGCAUCGGCAGUGCACUCCCCCAGCUGUAGCUCCUCUCCUUCCCCUUUGAUGGGUGUCUCAGAGGCACAUGGAACCCCCUCAGGUCAUGGUCCUUCACAUCCUCCUACAUCAAACCCUCGUAGCAGCCACGGUCAUGGUAGAUUACUGCAGACUAUGCCUCAGUUAAGUCCCACACCCAACUCUAAUAGCAGCAUCAGUAGUUGUGGUAGCAGUGGCAGUCAUAAACCUCACAGCAUGAGUGCAGCCGGAGGGAGCAAUCUCCCUCCAACAGGCCGCAGUAAAAUGGGGCUAGGCACAGGAAUUGGAUCCCGAGAAGAAGGUUCUUCUGUUUAUUCAUCCUCUUCAGUUGACAAAAUGCAGGAUGCCGGCUUGAAUAGUCUUAAUGCCUUGAGCUCACAAGUAGCCAAUUUACCAAACACAGUUCAGCACAUGGUCCUUACUGACACAGUGCUUUCACCUAAGAAGAAAGAAGGCGGGCAGAUGCAACAGGCGACGCAUAGCGUGCCCCCAUCGCAGCCGAGGAGUCGCAAUGCAAGCGCAGCCUCAAGCACCAGCACAGUCAAAGAUGGAAGUGCAGUAGGGGCCGGAGAUGGAGCCAGCAUAGAUGUCGGGGUGGAUGAAGACUCCUCAUUGUUGUCAGUCGAAGGCUCCUCAGGGACCAAGGUGGAGCGAGAGGAGCAGUUUUCUGAGGGGGAACAUGGGAGAGUGAGGCAGAUGAGCGGUGCAAGCAGUGGAUCUGAACCAGCUGGCUCUCACCCUCAGCCACCGAGCCAAAGCCAACCGCAGACUGGACAAACAUCAAAUGUCAAAGUAGUCACCUCUGAUUCAUCAAAGGAUCCAGUUGCCUCUGAAGCGAAGGCAAAUGAAGCUCAUAUUCCUGCUUCAUCGUCAUCUCCAUCCUUUGUGUAUCAGUCGUCAGAGACUGGCCCAAGCUCACAUCCAAUGCCUCCAGUUUCUUCAUCCCCCUCAUCCACUUCCUCCAGUAUUCCCCCUCAGCCAAACUGUGUCCCAGAGUCUGGGGCAGCAUACAAUGACCACAGAGGUGGCAAUAAGAAGACAGUAGAAAUUAAAAAUGAAGUCAUUAAAAACGAAAGCGAAGGUGUAGCUGAUAAAACCGUGAAAGGCAGCAGCCAAAUGCAACGGGACGGGGAAGUCGAUACACAAAAUGGACAGGACAAAGAGAAUAGGGUGCACUCCACAUCCAGAUUACACAGUAACGAGAGGGAAGAAAAGCACACGUCUGAGGAGCAGCAGAACGCCAGUAGUGUUGGAGUGAUUGUUUCCGCUCGGUCUGAGGGAAGUCUCACAGAAAAAAGCAAGAAUCCCCAGGACAACUGUAUAGAAGAGAAACACUCACACUCUUAUUUAAGAGAGUCGAGCAGUCAUAAUGGCGAUGAAGGCGUAGACCUCAGUCUGUAUUCUUCCCAUUACCAGAAAUCAAACUUCGGACGGCCUCAUAAUCCUUCCCAGUCUGGCCAGCAUAAGUAUGGCUACCCUGAAUCAACAUAUGGCUCAGAUUUAUCCAUGAAGAACAAAGGGAGGCCUGGCCCAGUGGGUGUGAUGGAUUCAAAUCCAAGAUAUUUAGGAUACCAACAGUCACAACCUAGUUUCGGACCUGUGCAUCAGAAGGACGGUGGUUCUGUAGCAGAGGCCCUGGUGAAGCGAGGCCAGGGAUCAGGGGCUAAAGGUCUCGAGGAGAAUGCACAGCUUCAGCAAUUCCCCAGCCUUUUGCAAGAGGUCCUUCAAGGUUACAAUUUAGAUCGUCGCUAUGGGAGACCAGAACAGGCAUUUCCUGCACAUCUUCAAGUUCAGCAGCAGUUUCAGUCCAGACACCCAUCAUAUGGCAUGGCUGAAGGUAUGAGAAUGCAGAGUGGAGCAACUGAGGGUUCAGCUCAUUCAGCUCAAAUGGGUAGCGCUGGAAAACCCCAAAACCAGCGGCAUGGAAGCGACCCUGAUUUUACCACAGAGCCUCAGUCCUCAGUGAAGUCAGAAAUGUCAAACGCUAAGAUUAUGCAAAAUGCUGAGAAAACAGAGGUGGGUGUGUCCCAGGGCCAUUUACCACAGGCCGAGUCUCAGCAAGCAGCAACAAAACACAUAAACUUAGCUGACUACUCUCUACCACCGAGAAAAGCCUUAUCUAAUGUCUCCACUCCAUCCUCUGCUGUGCAGGAGCUCCUUUUGCAAGAGCCAGAGCCACUAACCGGCAGCGGUGGUCAAACUGAGCCUCAGAAAUCAUCAGGCUGCAUAUUAGCCCCAUCAGAGCGACGCUCUGUCAUCUGUGAUGUGUCGCCAAACCGACGCAGCACACCAGAGAGGGACAGAGAGAGCGACAGAGAGAGAGAGCGGGAGAAAAGUCAGAGUGGAGCUUCUGUGAUUCAACAGCCAUUUUCCUCUCCAGCAGCAGCAGCCAGUGAUCUAACUAAAAAGGAUACUGGAGAGAAACAAGUAAUGAAAAUGGAAACGGUAUCAAAAGAGACCGGGGUGGAAGCUCCAAAUUUGCAAACUGAGCAGCAAGGCAGUGGUGGGGCUAAUGAGGCAGACACGGAGUAUCAUUCCAAGUCGAUCCAUUCAUCAGUUGUAAUGAAUGCUGACCCCUAUAGGCGAGGUAAUGUUGAUAUUCCCCCCUUGCCUUCUCAUCCUAUGAACACUAAUCCUUUAACUUCGCCGUCAAGGCAUCAGCCGUACCUUCACGGCGUUGAUCUGUCAGCUGGCAGCGGCAGCACAUUUCCUGGAUAUCGAUAUGGAGAUUCAAGAGAGGGCAAUAUGAUGUCACGCAGCAAUCCUCAUUUUCCCUCCCACCAUCCAUACCACAGUCUAUCCCCUUCAGCUCAAGCCGCAGCUAAGCUUCAAAUGUACUCUCACCCUCACGGCCCUGCUCAUCACCAUGAAAUGAGUGACUGGGUAAAAGCGAUGAGCAGGCCCACCAAGGAGAUGAUGAUGCAGCCCGGCUCGUCCCCUGGAAGACAUAAAGUCAGCCAGUCAGAGCAGAGACAGAGGAUGAUCUCCCAAACUGACAUGCCAAGUGAAACGCACGCUGGCAAACCUUCGCUCCAUCAUCAAAGCGCCUACUAUGACAUGAAAAUGUGGGAGUCGACACACUCCGGAAGAGAAGGUGUUCGAAUGAUAGAAGGGGACUACUUCAGAGCGCAGCCUCCUCCUCCUCCUCCCCCACCACCUCCCCCUCUCCUUCCUCCAACUCCUGUUUCACACGGCCCCGUUCUGCCGCAGAUCCCUCACGGCCAAAGUGCCGCCGAACCUGAGGUCUCCAGAGUAGCCACAGAAGAAGCCAAACAUCCCUGCCCACCUCCUCCACCCAGCUCCACCAAGUCUCCUGCUGACGUGAAUUCCACCCAGCCACAGGUGCAGCAUCAGACCAAAGCCGGGGGCUCCGGAGACACAAAUCCGCUAAUAUUACGCAGGAGAGUUCGCUCUUUUAUCUCUCCCAUUCCCGCCAAAAGGCAACUCCAGGAUGUGUCUCAACAGAGGGCCGCCACAAAUUCCCAUCACUCUCCUGGGGCCCAGUCUGAGCCUGGCCAUCACAACGAAGAUGACUCAUCCAGUUCAGAUAUUCCAUGUCCCAGGCUCUCAUCCCCUCUGCCAAGAGAGAGCACCUAUUCCCAACCUCUGUCUCCAUCCAGUGGCAACACUAAGGUUUUGCCUCCCAGAAAAGGACGCGGUUUGAAACUAGAGGCAAUAGUGCAGAAAAUCACACCAAAUAUUAAAAAGCCAGCAGGCCAUGCUGAUGAUGAGUCAAAUCAUUACCCAGGCUUCUCUCACUCUGAAAUACCAACAUUUAAUGACUCGCAGGACCAAGACUUGCCACAUUUCCCCAGGGUUCCAGGAGGGGACGAUAGUUACAUGGAUGAAAGUCACUCAUUAAACGACAUGAUUCCUUUUAGAGGGGUCGACGAAACCGGGCCUCUACCUCCAUCAGCUUACCCAUGCGAUCCCCACCAGACGUCUCAGCCCCUCAAACAACAGGACUUUGACUUUGGAUUAGGUGCUGCCGUGGCAUCGGCAUCUGGCGACAAGGAGGAUUUCGCUUUGCUCGGACCACUGCCUCCUCCUCCACCUCUUCCUCGCCCGGUUCAGGGUUCCCCACCUCCAUCUUCGUCUGCCCUAUCAGACAUUCAGCAUUUCACCAACACGUACCAGCAGCUUGAGACGAGGAGGGGAGAGCAGUCUGCCGCUAACCUUCUUCGACAGAAACUUCAAGAAUCUGGCAUGGGAUUCGAUGAUUAUCCUGGCAGCGACUACUAUGGCACCACUCCGCCCCACCACGGCCAGGCUCAAGGGCACAUACUCAACAGGCAGCAUCAGAUGUCCUCCGGUAGGUCCAGUCUGUCACCACAAGAUUCAAAGCCGCUAGAGAAUGUUGUGCCUAAAGGCUAUUUCCCAUCUGGCAAGAAAAAAGGCAGGCCUGUUGGGAGUGUGAAUAAACAAAAACGGGCCCAAAACCAAGUCCAAACACAAGCCAGCGCUCAGCCUCAAGUCCAAACACAGAAUGCAACUUUGAGCGCUCCUCCAGCACCGCCCAUUCCAGCUACAGCUGCUCCCACAACUCCACCAACAAUGCAGACUACCAACAGCAGCAACAGCACAACAACAACAACAACAACAACCACAACAGCCCCGCCAGCACCCCCUCUGCCAGACAGUAAAACCACUCCUCCGCUGGCCCCACCUGUGUUAACCCAGGUAGUGAAGGUGGAUGUUGAGAGCGAGGACACCCAGCCAGAGAUCGAGGUCAAACCUGUGCGGCGAAGACGCAGAGGCGUCAAAGAUGAAGACGAGCCCCUGGAAGCAAGAGGCCGGCAGAGGAGGAGGCGGCGAGGGGCGGCAGCGGCAACGCCCUCAGUGGCCAAAGACGAUCCAGAUACACCUUUAGGUGCAAAUAGAGCUUUUGCGGAUCCUAACAGAAAGGGCUUGUUUGUUCCCCACAUACACGUGGAGAAAAAAGUACCAGAGAUUGGGGCGGUGUGCACCAUUGUGAACGCUGAGGAAGACAAGAUGAAAGGAGAGCGCAGCGCAGUUGGAGGGAAAGCUGGUGGGAGUGGAAUUGAAUCCCUCCUGACCUCGGCUCUUUCCUCCCAGUUAUCUAGGAGAGACAGAGAAUCAGAGAAACGGGAGACGGACGAGGUGGAAACUACACUUCAGUCAGGAAAAGCACUUCCUUCAUCUGGCUAUGUUGUUUCAGGCCCUGUGAUUACGGAGACCAAUCACUCCGGCCGCCUGCUGUGUUGCCUGUGCCAGAAAUGGGCAAAUUACAAACACCUCGGAGAUCUCUACGGGCCUUUCUACCCAGCUGAAUAUGCUGCAAAGCUCCCCAAGAAUCAGCCCCAGGUCAGGCAAUGUCAGGCAACCACAGGCACAAACAAAACAGGACCAAAUUCAGACGUGAGCUCAAACCCUUUGACUACAAUCCAAGACACACAAACACAAGAUGCUCAGUUUACCAAGCCCUCAUCUGAGAGCGACUAUGCCUUCAAUCUGGAUUCAAACCCUGCUUCUCUUAACACUACAGUCAGAACUGCUUCUCCAGCUGGGAGGGAGGAAAUGAUGACGCAUGUGGCUGACAAGCACAGUAACGCUGCCUCUUCUUCUUCCUCUUCCUCCUCCUCCUCCUCGUCCGCUGCCAUUAAAACCUCUCUAACCUGGGAUACGAAUCUGGAUAUCAGACCUAUCCCUGAGCUUAAGAGAGAGCCAGACCUUGAAAGCAACCAGCAGCAGGCGCCGAAACAGCAGCCUGCAGAUGAAGCUCAGCAGCGACCUCAGCACAGAAAGCUGACCUCGCAUCCCCGUUUUAAAAGGAGACACAAGUCGAGUGAGGAUUCCCCCAGAAUGGUGCCAGCCAACAGUAAGGCCUCCCUGCCAUUCCAGCCCCCUCCUCCGGCCUUGGAUUCCCUGGGACCCUUGGCACAGCUGGCACAGCUGCCUCAGAUGCCCAUGGAUCCAGAGGAGCUGUGGGUCCAUGAAGGAUGUAUAGUGUGGACCAGUGGAGUGUACCUUGUCAAUGGGAGACUGUAUGGCCUGCAGGAAGCACUAGAUGGCGCCAGAGAAACAUCCUGCUCAUACUGUGAGAUGGUUGGCUCAACCCUGGGCUGCUACAGUAAAGGCUGUACACUUCGCUACCACUACUUAUGUGCUAUUGAAGCAGAUUGCUCUCUGAAUGAAGAUAACUUCUCGCUGCGGUGUCCGAAGCACAAGGUAAAGAAGGAAAGUUUACCCAGAGCAUCCGGCCUGCCAAGUCAGUGUACCUGGAGCAGUCAGAGAGAGGCUGAGAGAAACAGGGAGGAGGAAGAGACACAGGAGUCUGGGAGCUGUUAGUUUGGGAUAGAAGACCGAGAAAUGUGAAAAAGACUGGCCUGUCAUCAGCGGCUGAGGACAACAAAAGGGAAUGUACAAUUUCUCACCAAGAUUCAGCAUUAUUUACGUUUUAAGACAAUGGAGGGAGAAAAAUCAUUUUUUUAGGAGAAUUGUUGCGCUUUACUUAAAAGCCGGAAAAAAGAAAAAAACAAAACAAAAAAAAACCCAUGGACAUGCAACACAGGGGAAUGGAGCUACAAGAAAAGGACUACAAAGAUGGAAGUGGGAUGAGAUAAAACAUCAAGACUGACAGAGGAACUAAAGGAACUCUGCUAUAAAGAACAAAAGAAACAACCUUCCUCUCUAGGCUUACUUUAAUUUUCCAGUGACGCCCUUAAAGUGUUUAACUCAUGCUUAUCAUCAUCAUCUGUAUUAUCUUUUUUUUUUCUUUUGUUUGCUUUGACAUAUUGGGAGCAAGUUGGGUGAUAAACCCAAGAAAGGACAGAACUUUGUAUCCUCUCACAAUUAGUAUUUUACCUUUUAUGAUAUUAGGAUGAUCACAGUUAUUAUUUUAGUCCUCAUUAUUUUGUAACCUCAUCAGUAUUUACUCAUGGAAAUGAAAUGGAUGUAUCUCAUUUUAUAUUCAGUCUACGCAUUAAUUGGAUUUUUUUUUUCUUCAUUCCUGGAGAGGGGGGGAGGGAGCCAGAGUGAUGUUGUCUGUAAUGUCAGGGUCAUGUUUGCCACAAAGACAUUAUUGCCUUGGAGAACGGACAUCUGUUGCCUUUCUAAAGUCGUGAAUGAGUGAGCAAUUGAGUGCGUGUGGAAAAACUGAAAAAAAGAAAAAAUGCUGACUUCUGGGUCUUUGAUUCCAUUUUUUGGUCCUUUUGAAAAGUGUUCUUAUUUUUCAUCACCGGGGUUUUUACGGUACAGAUAGUAUUCACGAAAAAUGAUGGACACAGUCUUAUUUUUCAAGUACAAAAAGUUCAUAAUGUGCAAAGAGAAGGACAGACGCUCGUAAGAGCAGCAGAUAACACUAUGGACUAAAGCGUGUCUGCCGUCUUUAACCACGCCGGCUGGGAAAAGGUGAAGGACGGGACACUGAAGAGGUUUUAUUGGUGUGGAACUGUGUACUGGAUGCACGCGUUCGUAAGACGUUCGUGCAAAGUUACGUUCGACUGACAGACGUCAGACAUUUUUGGAAGUGAACUGUGGAGAGGGUGUCAUAUGAACGAGGGCGAGCCUAACCAAGUUCUUUUGAAUGGUUUCAAACUUCUGUGACACGGCAGCAUUCUAAUCGGGAGAUGCAAAAUCCAUUCAAAAGAAGCAUUGCCAUAAAAAUUUAAAAGUGAGUCGUACAUGGUGUUGUCUUUAUCAUUUUUUAUUGUUAUUCUUGUAAAAAAAAAAAGGUCAAGCUGAAAGACAGUUACACUAUCAAAACCAUGCUGUAUUAGAAACCUGUCAAUAUGUAUAUGAAUUAUGAAUACACUUAAAAAUGCUUCACGUAUGUUCCUCUUCUUAUGUCUGAAGUAUUUGCUUUCACUUCUGUUCCUCUGGGAAACCCGCCUGUUUCAAGUUCGUCUAACAUGGUUAUCCCCCGAUUUUUCUCUCUACUUUUAUUACAAAUCAGCUGCUCUA